UGCUCCAAAUCACUCUACACACAGAUACACAGUCAACCUUCUCUCAAGACAAAGAGGAAAAACACACCCAGGUUUCAGAAAUGUCCACCUCCAGCACUGUCCUGUCUGAAGAGCAGUUCCUGUGCUCUGUCUGUCUGGAUGUGUUCACUGAUCCAGUCUCUAUUCCAUGUGGACACAACUUCUGCAAGGUCUGUAUCAGGGAAUACUGGAACACCACUGCCCUGUGCCAGUGUCCACUGUGUAAGGACACAUUCAAUACAAGACCGGACCUAAAAACCAACACAACGCUCAGAGAAGUUGCAGAUCAUUUUAAGAGGAUGAAGGUCAGAGACAGAGAGGAGUCCUCUUCCAAGCCUGGAGAAGUAGCACAAGUGCAGCAGAUGAUCCAGGAGCGACUGCUGAAGGUUAAGGAGAUCAAACUCUCAGUAGAGCUCAGCCAGAGAGAUGCAGAGAGAGAGAUAGCAGGAAGUGUGGAGGUCUUCACUGCUCUGGUGCGCUCCAUUGAGAGAAGUCAGGGUGAGGUUAUUGAGGAGGUUGAGGAGAAGCAGAAAGCAGCUGAGAGGAAGGCUGAAGGGCUCAUUGAAGAACUGGAGCAGGAAAUCACUGAGCUGCUGAGGAGAGGCACUGAGCUGGACCACCUCCACCAGAACUCCCCAUCCCCAAUCAAGGACUGGUCUGAGAUCAGUGUUCACAGGGAUCUGCAUGUAGGAACUGUGAGGAGAGCUCGGUCUCAGCUGGAGGAGAUGCUUCAUAAUGAGAUGGAGAAGUUGUGUAAUGCUGAGCUGAAGAUGAUACGGCAGUGGUCAGUGGAUGUGACUCUGGAUCCUGAUACAGCACAUCCCAAGCUCAUUGUGUCUGAGAACAGGAAACAAGUGAGCUUUGGAGACAAAGGGCAGAUUCUCCCUGACCUCCCAAAGCGGUUUGAUAUGUAUCUAUCGGUCUUGGGAAAGGAGGGCUUCUCCUCAGGGAGAUUCUACUUUGAGGUUCAGGUGAGAGGGAAGAUUGAGUGGCAGGUAGGCGUGGCCAGAGAGUCCAUCAUCAGGAAGGGCCCAAAAGUUAAAAGCCCAGAUGCUAGACUCUGGGCUCUGUAUAUGAAGGGUGAGAAUAAGUAUGAGAUCAAGGACACACCCCCUAUCCCCCUCUUCCUGAGUCAGAAACCCCAGAAGGUGGGGGUGUUUGUGGAUUACAAGGAGGGUCAGAUCUCCUUUUAUGAUGUAGAAAACAUGUCUCAUAUCUAUUCUUUCACUGGUUGUACCUUCACUGAGAAGCUAUAUCCAUACUUGAACCCCUGUAAUAAUUCUGAGGGUCCAAACUCAGCCCCAUUGGUCAUCUCUCCUGUCAAUCACAUUGACUGAAUUGGGGUCCAAUAGGGCAGAAGUGCUGAUAAUAUUGGGCCGCUUCCAGGUGGUCUGCCAAGGAGUCGCAAAACAAAUUUCACAACACCUGGACAGGUGUUUAACAUUACGACAGAAACCGCAUCAAUAUGAUGUUAUAAUCUCAAGCAUGACUGCAAUAUAUCUAAUGAUUGGUUCAUUUGUAGAGCAUCUUUUAAAUCAGAGGAUUAUGCUUGAAAUCUGAUCUACCGUUGAAUAUUGUUUUAGUUUGUCUUUUUUCAAAUUUAUUUUCCCCAUUUUUCAGUAUGGUGUGUUGAGACGUUGUUUGGAUUAAUUUGGGAGUAUGUCCUGAAUUAUCCAAAUCUAGUACAAUGCAUCCAUUUCUUGUGAGUUUUCAUUGUAUGUGGUCAAUGUCACAUAAACAUAAUAAAUACAGUGAAUAAAUGUGUUCUUGUUUUUGAGUCUAAAUUGUUUAUAAGGACGAUGCAUCCUAGAGGGCAGUGGAACAGAGGGGUUACUGCAGCAGUGCAUUGUAGUAAUCUGAGACCCACACUGACCUCUAGAUCUGGCUCCCCCCCUCCUCCUCCCAACCCUCUACCUCAGCACUUAGGGUUAAAAAUACACAGAGGCCCUGGUGCCUUCUGGAAAUCAGGAAGGAACAAACACAUUCAGUGGACCAACACUGGGCUCUGAUAUUUUAUACAUGACUCCAAAAGAUGCACAGACACACACUAAUGUUGCGAGCAUAUACACACACACACACACACACACACCGAGUUUAACCUUACCUAGACAAAAUUAAAAUGGUCAAAAAACUAAACUAAGCCAAGGACAGAGAAAAGUACAAGAGUUAAAUUCUGGGCAGAACAGGGAUGAGUUGAGAGAUAACAUUUCACUAAAGUGAAAGCACAACUGCAUAACAGAAAAUCUACUGUCUCAGCCACUGCCUGUCACCAAGGGAGUACCCCAAGGCUCAAUCCUAGGUCCCACGCUCUUCUCAAUUUACAUCAACUACAUAGCUCAGGCAGUAGGAAGCUCUCUCAACCAUUUAUAUGCAGAUGAUAGAUACAGUCUUAUACUCAACUGGCCCCUCACCGGGUUGUGUUAAAUGCUCGACAAACCUUUCUUAUAGGCUGACCACAUCGCAGGCGCGAGCGUUGCAAAAUAAAUGUAGGAGUCUAUGUUAUUGCGCCAAAAAGCAUCUGCGUUGCCAAGGGCUAAAAUAAAAGUCCUUUCUAUUUCCUAUGCCGAUCACGCUGCAAGUCCUGCCUCUCAUAUCUUCUCAUUGGUUUAUAGAUGCAGGUACCCACAUGCUAUCUCCUCAUUGGUUAUACCCACGUGGGUGAUUGAAAGAAGAACUGUUGCCGGUUGUCGUGGUAAUACUAUGAAAGUUUAGAAGCCAAUCACCAUAUAAGUUAAACGAUGAAAAGGUCUGGAAGGAGGAGAGUUGACUAGAAACGAUUCAGUUGACCGCUGUGUGGAUUAAUUGUCGGAGUAGAGGACCUUGUGCAUUUCAGGUAAAAUAACAACCUAAUGUUUAUAUCCCAGGACAAAUUAGCUAGCAACAGCAAGCUAGCUAAAUAGGACAAAUUAGAUAGCAAGUGCAAGCUAACUAGCUAAAUUGACAAAUGUGUAAUGCUUUUUGACCUGUCCCCAAAUAAUGUCAUUGGUUCAGAGUUUGUUUUGAUAUUUUAACCUGCGUGUCGUGAUCGCAUUUGGUGUAAAAAAAAAUAUAUAAUAAUAAUAAUAAUUGUGCACGAUGGUGCACGAGCGCAGCCAGUUUGGGUUCCGUGUCAGUGUCGAACAAGCUUUCUCUACCCUUGACCUUUGUUUUGGAGGUGUUCAGAAAAAGGUUAUGUGGUUUGGUAAGAAGAAUGUCCCUCUCCCCACAAGUGUAAUUACUACCUCUGAGGGCUUAGAGCUUGAGGUAAGUACAUGUAUGGUACACUGUCCUUCUCUCAGCACAUAUCGAAGCUGCAGGUUAACCUCUCAGUGCACGGUCUAGUUUCCUUAAGUUCCGCCUGUCUGACGUGCCCAAAGUAAACUGCCUGUUACUCAGAAGCUAGGAUAUGCAUAUAAUUGGAUAGAAAACACAAUGAAGUUUCUAAAAACAAUUAAAAUAAUGUCUGAGUAUAACAGAACUGAUAUGGCAGGCGAAAACCCGAGGAAAAUCCUUCUGGAUUUUUCUUUUUUGGAGCUCCCAAUAACUUCCAAUGCAAUGCCAUUGGAAGAUCCAAUUUCCGCCUCCCAGAUUGCAGUUCCUAUGGCUUCCACUAGAUGUCAGUCUUUAUACAAGGUUUAGGCUUGUUUUUUUAAAAAAUGAAGUAGUAUUUGUAGUCUUUCCAAGAUGAGAGCCAAGGAAAAAGUAGUCUUUUUGCGUGUGUGAACGAGGGCGUGCUCUUCGUUCUUUUCCUUUGCUAUUGAACAUAGUAAUCUCCAUAUGAAAUAUCAUUUAUUUAGAUAUUAGACAACCUGAGGAUUAAUAAAAAAAACAUUGUUUGACUUGUUUGGACGAACUUUGCCGGUAACUUUUUGGAAUCCUUUGUAUGCAUGUUGAAAGAGUGGAUUAUUGAAUUCAAAUGGUGCCAAAUAAACAGCGCUUUUGGGAUAUAAAGAAGGAUUUUAUUAAAUAAAACAACCAUUCAAUGUGUAGCUGGGACCUUUUGGAUUGCAAACAGAGGAAGGUCUUCAUAAGUAAGUGAUAUAUUUUAUCGCUAUUUCUGAUUUUGUGAUUCCUGUGCUGGUUUGGAAAAUAUGUUAAUGUGAGGCGUUGUCCUCAGACAAUCGAACGCUAUGCUUUCGCCGUAAAUCCUUUUUGAAAUCUGACAACACAGUUUAGUUACCAAUAUUCUAAGCUUUUGGACCAUGUAAGACACUUGAAUUUUCAUGAACGUUUCAUACUACGAUUUUUUAUUUUGAAUUUGGCGCUCUGUAAUUUUACCGGAUGUUGUCGAACUUGAUCGUGCUAGUGGGAUCCGUGCGCUAAGAGGUUUUAAAGUUAAAUCGUAAAUUGCUCCUCUUUCACCCCAGCUGCCAAACUAACUGUGAUUCAGAUGACCGUCCUACUCAUGCUAGAUUACGGAGACGUAAUGUAUAGAUCAGCAGGUAAUGGUGCUCUCUUGAGCAGCUAGAUGUUCUUUACCAUUCGGCCAUCAGAUUUGCCACCAAUGUUCCUUAUUCAUUUUUAUUUACCUUUAUUUAACUAGGCAAGUCAGUUAAGAACAAAUUCUUAUUUACAAUGACGACCUAGGAACAGUGGGUUAACUGCCUUGUUCAGGGGCAGAACGACAGAUUUUUACCUUGUCGGCUCAGGGUUUCGAACUAGAAACCUUUAGGUUACUGGCCCAACGCUCAAACCACUAGGCUACAAAUCACUGCACUCUACACUCCUCUGUAAACUGGUCAUCUCUGUAUACCUGUCGCAAGACCCACUGGUUGAUGCUUAUUUAUAAAACCCUCUUAGGCCUCACC